AUGAAUUAAACAAAUUAUUUAAAAGCUAUUCAAAUCACAGAAGAAAUUGAGUCUAAUUAAACCUAAGCCAUUCAACAUUAUGAAUAGGGCAUGAUUUAGUUGAUGUAUAGAAAGUUUGAUUCCAGCCAAGAUAUUACUAAUCCAUCAGCAUUUCAAAUUUAAAAAGCAUAAUUCGGAGUCUAACAAAAUCAAGACGGAUAAUUUUCAGUUGUUAGGUUUCCUUCGGAUUCUUCCUUCUUAAUUGAUAAUCUUGAUGAUGAAGAUGAUGUGGAAGAUGAAUAAGAAUAAUAGCGAAAUUCUGAAUAUAUUUAUACUCCCAAAGAAUUCGAACCAGAUUAAGAAUUUAUGAAUUGUUUAAAGAGAUUCUUGUAAGUAGGUACCAUAUUGAAUAAAAUCAAAAAAUGA